GCCAUCUUGUCGGCGGUUGGCGGAGCAGCGCCCGGCCCGGCAGCCCGCGCUCUGGUGUGGCGCGGCCGUUCGUCCGCCUCGCAGGCCGCCUGCCGUCGCCCCGCUCCGGGCACCGAGCUACCAUGGCCAACAACAGCCCCGCCGUCGGCGCCGGUAAUUGCCAGGGGCAGCAAGCGGUCCAGCACCAGCCUGGCGCCGUCCCGCCGACCCAGCAGCAGCUGCAGAGCGGAGCCCCCAAGCCGGCGGCCUCAGGGAAGCAGGGCAACGUGCUGCCGCUGUGGGGAAAUGAGAAGACCAUGAACCUGAACCCCAUGAUCCUCACCAAUAUCCUCUCAUCGCCGUACUUCAAGGUGCAGCUCUAUGAGCUCAAGACUUACCAUGAAGUAGUGGACGAGAUCUACUUCAAGGUUACACAUGUUGAACCAUGGGAAAAAGGGAGUAGGAAAACAGCAGGCCAGACAGGGAUGUGUGGCGGGGUGCGUGGUGUUGGAACUGGAGGAAUUGUGUCUACUGCCUUUUGUCUGCUCUACAAAUUAUUUACACUGAAACUCACUCGUAAGCAAGUCAUGGGCCUUAUAACUCAUACAGACUCUCCAUAUAUUAGGGCUCUUGGAUUUAUGUAUAUAAGGUAUACACAGCCACCUACUGAUCUAUGGGACUGGUUUGAAUCCUUUCUUGAUGAUGAAGAGGACCUGGAUGUGAAGGCAGGUGGGGGUUGCGUUAUGACCAUCGGGGAGAUGCUUCGUUCCUUCCUCACUAAGCUUGAAUGGUUUUCCACACUGUUUCCAAGAAUUCCUGUGCCCGUCCAGAAAACGAUUGACCAGCAAAUUAAAAGCAGACCUAGAAAAAUCAAGAAAGAUGGCAAGGAGGGGAUGGAAGAAAUAGAGCGGCACGCAGAACGUAGACGUUCAAGGUCUCCAAGACGGUCCAUCAGUCCCAGGAGGUCACCCAGAAGAUCCAGAAGUAGAAGUCAUCAUCGAGAAGGCCAUGGAUCAUCUAGCUUUGAUAGAGAACUAGAGAGAGAAAGAGAACGGCAGAGAUUAGAACGUGAAGCUAAGGAGAGAGAAAAGGAAAGGCGGAGAUCUCGAAGUACCGAUCGUGUGCUGGAACGGAGGCGCAGCAGAAGCAGGGACAGAUACAGGAGCCGUAGCCGAAGUCGUGACAGGAAAGACAGAAGAGACCGGGAUAGGGAGCGAGAGAAAGAAAACGAAAGGAGCCGGAGAAAAGAGAGAGAUUAUGAUAAGGAAAGAGGUAGCGAGAGAGAGAAAGAUAGAUCUAGAGAAAGAUCCAAAGAAAGGAAAAGUAAGGGUGAUUUAGACGAGAGAAGGCACAAGGAUGACAAGGAUGACAAGAAGCACCGGGAUGACAAGAGGGAUUCCAAAAAAGAGAGAAAGCAUAGUAGAAGUCGAAGCCGGGAAAGAAAGCAUAGGAGUAGGAGCCGAAGUAGGAACACAGGUAAGCGCAGUAGAAGUAGGAGCAAAGAGAAAUCAAGUAAACAUAAAACUGAAAGUAAAGAGAAGUCAAAUAAGCGGAGCAGGAGCAGAAGCAGAGGGAGAACAGAUAGUGUUGAGAAGUCCAGAAAACGAGAUCGGAGUCCCAGCAAAGAAAAGCCUAGAAAGCGUAGCAGAAGCAAAGAACGUUCCCACAAACAUGACCACAGUGAUGGCAAGGACCAUGUGGACAAACACGAUCGGCGGAGGAGCCAAAGCACGGAACGAGAGAGCCAAGAAAAGCAACAGAAAAACAAAGACGAGACUGUGUGAACUCUUUUCAGAAGUGGAUCACAUUGAAUCCUAUAAAUGUUUGAUUAAAUCCUGCUUAUUUUUUCUUAAAGUUAAGAUCGUGCAGUAGUUCAUGAGCACUCUUCUCCAACCUCCCUCUAGGCUGCAGAUUGUCAUUUCCUAUUUUGGGUAGGGAAGUGCCUUUGUAAACCCAUUCAGCGCAUUGACGGUUUCAAACCAUUUGUUUCGUUUAAUUCGUAAUGCAGAGAUUGUUCUUGCAUUUUUAUUGUUCAGAUGUUUCUGAAAUGUACAUUCUGUACAUAUGUCCUGAAAAUGUUUUAUUUCCUUUGGCAUGGUUGCCAUGUUGGUUCAAUUUGUAUGAGGCAAUAAACCGCCACUAAUUCUACUUCGUUUUGUAGAUGUGGAAUUAUGGUUUGUAUCCUGAAGUUAGCAUGGCUGUGCUCUACAUAAUAGUAUGGCUUUUAGGAAUGGAUCUGGAAUGUGUAUUAUAGCUGAGAUAUUUAUGUGCAUACAGCGUGCAUUGAGGGUUGCAGAUUUAGAACUAACAUUUGUCCACUGUACCUGCUGGUUUUGUUGUUCUUUUGUUGGUUUUUUUUUUACCCUUCUAAAAUGUAUUGCAUUGUUGAUCACCACUGGUGUCGAGAGUGGAUUUUCAAGAAGAUAGUGCUUUUGAUGCGAAGAUCUAGGUUAUGUUGGGGCUUCUUUAGAAAGGCUACCUCAAGUGGACACUGUAAGGGGUGGCAGAUGAUCACUGUAGCCAUCUAUGUGUUAUAUUUGACAGGAAGAUCCAUGUAAGCUUCCUUUUUUUUAAUUUUUUUUUUUUUAAGAACACAGUUUAUCCGUUUGUGGUCUUUAAUGCUUUUACUCAACAGCUGCACUCUCAUUUAUGAUAACCUUGGGCUAAUAAAGGCAUUUAAGAUGGAAAGAGGGAGGUAAGAAGAAGAAAAUUAUUACAAAGGAUUUCAGUUUCCAGCUUCCAAAGCAUUUUUAUAAGUGUAAACAUUUAAAGUAAAAAUUACCUGAUAGUGUCCUUUUUUAAGUCAUAUUUUCUACAAAUACUAAGGAUUGCAGUUUGUGCUGAAUGUUUCAUCUGGCAGUUUGCUUUUCUUUUUAAACAUGGUGUUAGAAGCAAAACCCAAAAUGCAUUAUGGAAAAAAAAAAUCAUACCCUUGAAGUCCAAAUCUAUUUGAUAGAUGAUUCUGAUGUAUACUAAGUGAGGAGAACCAUCUGGAAUAAACUCUCAAUUAAUUCCUUUGUA